AUGGCUUCCACGGCAGCCGCCAGUGAUGCGGCAGCAGCCGCUGAAUUUGCUUCGAGGAGAUAUGUCUGGAUCCCUGACAAGGCGGCGGGGUACUUAUCAGCUUGGGUCGUGAGGGAGGAGAACAAUGGCGAAACAAGCGUCUGCAGUCUGGCAGAUGGAUCGGUGAGUGACCGUCAAAGAGCGAUCAAUGCAAGGCACAUGCGCUUGUGGUGCGUCUUACAAGGGAUGCCUUUCCACUCAAAGUCGCGAAACGUGGCGACGGACGACCUUAGCAAGAUGAACCCACCCAAAUUCGAAAAGGCAGAAGACAUCGCAGACUUGACAUUUUUGAAUGAAGCUUCUGUGGUGCACAAUCUGAAAGAGCGAUACUACAGCGGUCUCAUCUACGUGAGUGCGCCGGAUCCUUUGCCUUUUGAGAAACGUGCAAUGCAUCGCAAGCUAACCCAGCAAGUCUCCUCAGACAUAUUCCGGAUUGUUCUUGGUUGCAGUCAAUCCUUACCGCAAUUUGCCCAUCUACACGGAUGCCAUCAUCGCAGCCUAUAAAGGCAGGAGGAGGGAGGAGAACGCGCCGCAUGUGUUCGCGUUGGCAGAUGGGGCCAUGAGGAACAUGCUAGAGAUGCGCGAAAAUCAGUCGCUGUUGGUGACGUGAGUGUCUGGGUCACUUGGCCGGUGUGCGCGUCUUGAUAGUCGACUGAUUUGUCCGAGGUACCCCAAUCAGCGGAGAGUCUGGUGCCGGAAAGACCGAGAACACAAAGAAGGUCAUUCAAUAUCUCGCAGCCGUCGCGGCGGAUCCUACUGGUGGGCUGACUGGCGACGAGGCUGCUGGCAUCGGCUCUCCCUUAGCUGAGCCCGGUGCACAGCGUACUGGCAGUAUCGUGCGGAGUCACAGCUCUCGCCAUGUGUUGGAUCAGCUGCGAGGCGUGGAGGCUCUGGCUUCUAAGCGACUCGGCUUGUUGGAGCGCCAAAUUCUGCAAGCCAACCCAAUUCUAGAGGCCUUCGGAAACGCGCAAACAAUCCGUAACAACAACUCUUCACGAUUCGUGAGUGUAUGCCGUUUUAGUCCUCCAACGUCCUGUACGUGUAUUGACACCAGAGCAUGGACGCUGCUUGCGCCACAAGGGCAAGUUUGUGAGGAUAGAAUUCACAAGCGUAGGAGCUAUUGCUGGUGCCAACAUCGACUGGUACUUGCUCGAGAAGAGUCGAGUGACGACGCGAAGCGACAAGGAGCGAAGCUUCCACAUCUUCUAUCAGAUCUUGCGCAGCAGAGACGAGGGGCUUAAAAGUAUGUUUCGCUUUUCUUACAUGACGUCAGAAUCAGCCAGUUGACACGCGUUUCUUUCUGGCUGCUGUAGAGGCCCUUUUGCUUACAUCAUCGCCAGAGGAUUACGCCUAUCUCAAAGCUUCGCGCAAGCAUGUCGAGGGAGUCGAUGACACAUCAGAGUGGCAGGCGCUGAUCGAAGCAUUAUCGAUGGUAGGCUUCGCUUCGGAGGAGCAACACAACCUCUUCAAAGUGAUCGCUUCCAUCCUUCAGAUCGGCAACAUUGAGCUUGCUGAUGACCGAUCUGAGCAGGCCCGUAUCACAAAUGGCGCACAGGUCGAAAAGGCUUGUCAUCUGCUCGGUGUACCCGUGCAGGAGCUUACAACCGCACUUGUCAGACCUAGAAUCAAAGCUGGGCGCGAAUGGGUUGCUCAGGCCCGUACGAGACAACAGGUGCAGGACGAAAUGGCUGCACUUUGCAAGACAAUGUACGAGAAGAUGUUUGGAACCAUUGUGGAUCGCAUCAAUCAAGCGUUGGAUCGGCCUACAUCCAAGAGCACAUUCAUCGGAGUGCUCGACAUUGCCGGCUUCGAAAUCUUCGAGGUCAAUUCAUUUGAGCAGCUUCUUAUCAACUUCACAAACGAGAAGCUGUGAGUUUGGCUUGAGUCGCUUCGCUCCUCGUGAUGGUCUGACGCUUACCCCACGAUUUUGGCAUCCCAGACAACAAUUCUUCAACCACCACAUGUUCGUCUUGGAACAAGAAGAGUACGCAAGAGAGGCCAUCGAAUGGGACUUUGUGAACUUUGGCCUUGAUUUGCAGCCCACCAUCGACUUGAUCGAGGCAACAAGUCCAAUCGGCAUCCUGUCGUGUCUCGAUGAAGAGUGCAUCAUGCCGAAGGCCACGGACACCACCUUCACAGAAAAACUCAACCGCAUUUGGGCAACCAACAAAGACGGCACAGCCAAGGACACGGCAGGGCAGGCCUGGGCAACCGAGAGAGGUGUGGCACAUGGAUCCACGAAGUUCGCCUCUUCACGCUUCGGCCAAGGCUUCACAGUGAAGCACUACGCUGGCGAUGUCGAGUAUCGGACUGCUGGCUGGCUAGAGCGCAACAAGGAUCCUCUCAACGACAACCUUACCAGAGUCAUGUCGGAAUCGAGUGAUCGCUACAUUGCUACAUUGUUCAGCGAAUUUGCAAGCGAUGAUGCGCCAGCCGCCCAACCUCAAAGCGCAGGUACCCCAGUCAUUGGCGGUCCCAAGCGGCGCAUAAGGAAGGGAGCUUUCCGGACGGUAGCGCAGCGACACAAAGAGCAGCUGACAUCUCUCAUGGGUCAACUCUCGUCUACGCAGCCUCAUUUCGUGCGAUGCAUUGUGCCGAAUCACGAGAAGAAACCCGGCAAGAUGGACGUACCCUUAGUCCUCGAGCAGCUCAGGUGCAAUGGCGUUCUUGAAGGCAUCCGUAUCGCCCGACUCGGCUACCCCAAUCGCCUGCUUUUCACGGAAUUCCGCAAUCGAUACGAGGUCCUGACGCCAGGCAUCAUCCCUCGUGGCUAUAUGGACGGACGCAAGGCAUGCCAAAGGAUGGUGGAGGCACUCGAGCUCGACCGUUCACUCUUCAAAGUCGGCUUGACGAAAAUCUUCUUCAAGGCUGGCGUUCUGGCUGAUUUGGAAGAGAGACGCGAUGCGCUGUUGUUUGAUAUCUUCUCGAGGUUCCAAGGCGCAUGUCGAAUGUUCACGGCUCGUCGGCAGAUGAAGAAGAUCCUCAAUCGGGCUGCCGCCGUGCGCACGAUCCAGCGCAAUGCGAGACUCUACGUGCAGCUGCGCGAAUGGCCGUGGUGGCAGGUCUACACCAAGGUCAGGCCACUGCUGACUGGCACCAGGCAUGACGAAGAGUUGAAGCGCAAGCAACUCGAGCUCGCCAUGGUCAAAGAGCGGGCGGAGCGAGAUCAAAGAGAAAGAGAAGCGCUAGAGUCACUCAAGCACACCCUCGAGGCGGACAAGAAGAAGGUAGAAGACGCUUUAGAGGCUGAGCGCUCCCUUCUAGCAGAGAAGGACCAACUCUUGGCUCGAUCAAAAGAGCGCGAGUCGGCGCUGGAGGAAGAGCUUGCUACCAUGCAGUCCGAGCUCGACCAGUUGGACAGCCAAGUAGAACGAGCUCUCGCAUCGCAGAAGGCCUCGGAAGUCAGUUGCGCCGAGCUGCAAGCAGCGCUCGGCACAGCCACUGCCCAGAUCCUCAGACUGGAGCAAGAGCAGAAUGCUGGCAAAGAUCGCGAAGCUCAGAUAACCGCCGAAGCGACUCGACAUGCUGGCGAGCUGACGCAGCUGCAACAAGAACGAUCGUCCCUGAGUAGCGAAAGUGCAGACCUCAAGCGGAAGAUCCUCGAGAAAGAUCAAGAUCUUGAGCGUAUUCAGAAACGCAUGAAUGAAGCGGUAGCUGCCGUCGAGCUGCGGCUCGCGGAGGAGACCAAAGUGCGGCAGCAACACGAAGCCAAGAGCGUGGAGCUAGAGAAUCACGGCAGGACCUCUGCGCGGGAACUUGCGGAAGCGACUGCCGGCGCCGCAGAUUUACAAGCGAAGCUAGUCAAGCAGAGCAGUGAACUAGCAGAGCUCAUGAACUCGGUGACGACGCUAACCCGCGAACGCGACGCGCUGACCCGUCAGCUUGGCGAGCUCAAGGUUGCUCAGGAGACGCUUGAGCAAGAAUUGAAGGCUGCACAAGCCGAUGGAGGGCGAGCCGCCGACUUGCGCUCGCAGCUGCAAAAGGAGCUCGAUGAGACUCGUCGUUUGAUGGACGCCAAGACGUCUGAAGAUACCAAGCAACGAGAGCUGCACCGACUGAAGGAACAAGAGCUGCAAAGCCUUAGAUCUGAGCUCGCCCAAUUGCAAAAACAACAUGCAGAUGCGGAGCACACUAGCAAUGAGCGAGUUGCAGCGCUACGUGUCAGCCUGGAGGAGCUGCGGCAGGAGCAUUCCAACCUUUCUCGGGUAAGAGAUGACUUGGCUCAGAAGGCCGACCAGUCAGAGCGAGCCCUCGUGCAGAACAAAUCUCUCGUAGCUGCGGCCGAAAAAGCUCAACGUGCCGCCGAUGGCGAUCUGCAAGGAGCGAGAGAUCGCAUCGCGGCGCUCGAGAGAUCGCAGGCGGAUUCGGACCGAGCUCUGCAAGAAGCACUGGCCCGAGUCAGUGGUGCAGCUGCGAAAGCUAGAGACUUUGAAGAUGCCAUGCUGGAGCUCGAGCGUGGACAAGCAGCUUGGAAGGCAAAGGCCGAUCAGGCAGCCGUGGAACUCUCUGCAGAGUCGAAACGAAGAGAGCUGCUGGAGAGCUCUUCACGCCAGCACGAGCGGAAUAUUGGCGUGCUUCAACAACAACAUGGUGCGAAAGAUCAGGAGCUCCAAAGCCUGCGUGAAACCCUCAAGGGUACGCAAGCGGAGCUCAAGACUGCGCAGUCCAUGACGAACAAGACCAUCGUCGAGCACGUCCACGUUCUGGAGGAGGCUAAGAAGUACACAGACAGGCAACUUGCUGAAGCCCAAAGCAAGCUGCAGGAGCUUGCUCACUACACCAAGACCCUGGAGAAGAGCAAGACCAGGCUCUUGACGGACAAUGAAGAUCUCACAAGAGAGGUGGCACGGCUUCAGCAGGCCGAUCGUGCCGUCAUGAAGAAUGUUGGCUCAAGCGGCGUCACGACCAUGAAGAACGUCGGUGCUAGUGGUUCCACAGCCCCUACGAGCAGUGACACCCGAGCUGUUCGCUCGCUGGAGACCAAGGUCGCCGACUUGCAGCGGGAGCUGACUGCUGCUCGAAGGGAGCGCGAUAGCGCACAGUCAGAUUCGCGUCGCAAGGACCUUCAGCUCGAUGAAGCUGUGAGCCGAAGUCGGGCGCAAUACGAAAGCCGCAUCGCAGCGUUGGAAAGGUGAGUGAAGUCGUCCAAUCGCUCAUGUCUAAGAAAUGGAUGACUAAUUUGGCACUUUCCGGAUGCACAGAGAUCUGGCCGGCUCUCAGAAUGCUCGAGGCAACACCUUGCAGCAAUUGUCCAACCUGGCUCGCCAAGGAGGCAGUGGAGCUAGCGACGCUUUCAGGAAGCAGCUACUUGCUGAACUGCAAGCUGGCUCCGAGGAGCUGCAGCAAGACAUGGUGGCCAAAGGGGAGGCUCUUCGGAGUCACAAAUUCAAUGGCACUAGCACAGGCAAUGGCGCAUCGUUGCGCGGCUCCAACACGGGCGGCGCUGUGUCCAGCUCCCGCGCAUACUACGAGUACAACAGCGCAGCGCCCCGCAACGGCUCGACGGUCACACCAGUCAGCGCUAAGCGUGCCUCUCUUGACUUUGGAGGACCCGGAGCUGCGUCACUGAAGUUCUCAAAUACCGAGGCUGCUGCCGCUUCGCAAAGGACGCAGGCUGCUCUCGAGGCGCAGCUCACAGACGCCAAGCAGCGCCUAGACAGAGAGGUCCAGAUGAGAAAGGACGAUGCAACUGAGAAGGCGCGCUUAGAGCGGCAGUGGCAAGAGCACCAGAUCAAUGUCGCGUCUCUCAAUCAGUCCGCUGCUGAAGCCAGAGACGCAGCGGAGAGGGCGCACGCUGCGGAGCGGUCCUCCAGACUCGCGCUGCAGGAAGCGGAGGCAUCGACGCGCGAAGUUCAAGGAAUGGUCGAGGCCCGAGAUGAGCACAUACAGUUCUUGGAAUCUGAGCUCGAGGCGCUUGAAACUCGACUACUUCAGGGCCAGAGCUCUGAUGUCAGCGACCUCCUCGAAGCUUCCCGGCGGAGAUUCAGGCAGGAGCUGCAUACUGCUUCAGAGGAGACCAACGAAGCUCGGGCAAAGCUGCAACAGCUUCGCGAUGAGAAUUUGCAUCUGCGUGCCUCUAAUGAGGAGCUCAACUCGUUGAAGGAAGCGUACGUGGCGCUAUGCGAAGAGCAGGGAGUUGAGUCGGGGUUGAUCAUGUCGCUUCAGAAAGGUAAGUGCAGACGAGGAUUGCGAUAUGAGAUUGAUGGUUGUCUGAUCGCGUCCACCUUUCGCAGCGGUUGAACGAUACAAACGUGUUGCAGAAGAGCACAUGACAGCAUUCAAAGAACUUGAAAGUGAGUCACGUUAUGGAGUCGUAUUUGAAAGCGUAUUCACGUGCUUCGAAGGACGCUCUUCUUGAUCCUUUGCAGAGCAAACAGCCACGCUGCGCCAAGGAAGCGUACGCGGGCCUGGUGUUCCUUCCGAAAGCCUAUCUCCUUGUCGCCGAUGA